AUGGAGAUCGCCCGCACCUCCAUGAUCCAUGCCCGUGCGCCCCAUUUUCUGUGGCCCUACGCGGUUCACUACGCCGCCCACCAGCUGAAUCUCUGGCCCCGUGUCUCACAGCAAGGGGUUUCACCGACCAGUCUUUGGACCGGGUCCCCUGGUGUUGCGUCGGAGUUUCAAGUCUGGGGCUGCCUUGCGCUUGUCCGCGACACCUCUGCGGACAAGCUCUUGGCUCGCGCCGUCCCCUGUGUCUUCCUUGGUUUCCCGUACCCUUGUCAAGGCCUCCCGGUUUCCCCCCCUCCUCUUUUCCUCGCCCCUCUCCUCCUCCGAUACCUCCUCCUUCUCCUCCUCCCCCCUCUCCUCCUCCGAUACACCCGCCCCCCUGGUCCUGCCCUGUCUGAUGUGUCUCACGCUACCCCUCUCCCCUCGGUAGCACAUCAGGUACCGUCUCCUUCCCCACAGUCGUCCCCACAGUCACCGUGGCAGCCUUCGGCACUACCGCGAGAGGUUGCAGUCGACUAUGGGGGUGUUGGUUUUCGGGGCACGGGCACUGGGGGUGCUAGUUCUGAGGGUGUUGGAGCUGAGGGUACUGGCACUAGAGGUGCUAGUUCUGAGGGUGCUGGAGCUGAGGGUACUGGCGUUGGAGGUGCUAGUUCUGGAGGUACUUGCGCUAAGGGUGCUGGCACUGGCGGUGCUAGUUCUGGGGGUGCUCGUGCUGGGGACACUAGUUCUGGGGGUGCUGGAGCUGAAGGUGCUAGUUCCGAGGAGACUGGAGCUGGCGGCGCUACCCCACCUCCCCACCGCUAA